AUGUUCAGUUCCAGUGAAUUCUUACAAACGAUUCUUGACAGCCAGGCCCUCUCGAGUCCAGGCCUUGUGGAAAACGUCCAGCUGUCCGUCAGUCGCAACACCAGCCAAUUCAAAGGGCAACAUCUUUUAGGUCAGCCGUGCGGCCCACCUACCGCAGCCCCCGAAGACUUGCCAGCCCCCAAACGGCCCGCACCGGGCCCUGUCCCUGCCCGUCGGCCAAACCUGGACCCCGCACCAGUUCCGGCAAGUUUGGCCAUGCAUCGGAAACAACCAGCCCGCCCCGCGGUGGCGCCACAAGGUGUGAAGGUUCAGGCCCCGGGCGAAUUCUGGAAGGAUAAAGGGGAGUUUUCUAGUCCUACUUUCGACAACGCCUCGGGAUUUCGGUCGAUGCCAGUAGCGGGUCUGCCUUCCGUGCUGCCCCAGAUGAGGGGACGCCUCUUGGGCAAGAAAGGCGCUUGGAAGACUUGGGUUGUGAAUGCACUGGUCAUCUCGUGGAUCAUGUCGGGUUUCUUACUCCGUUGGGUCUCCAGCCCUCCCCCCCAGCACUCCGGCCGCAAUCAUGCUUCGGCAACCACCAACACCGUGUUCGUGGACAAAGCCGUAGCAGAUCUGGUGGCGUCGGGCACGGCCCGCAUAUGGCCAUCGCAGCCCCACUUAGAUGCCCGGGCUGAGGCUCUUUUGGUUGCUCUUGGCGCGGAGGUGGACGUGGAGCUCUCCACCUUGGCGACUCAGCUUGCCCAAGUGGCCGGUCAGACACUCGCCCCGCGGACGUCCAAUGACUACGCGCGGUCUUGGGAACCUUUCCACGGGUGGUGGGUGGCCAGGCGACUGCCCGGAAGCAUCUAUGACACCCCGGGUGAGGUGGUGGCGCUCUACCCUAUGGCAUAA